AUGGGCGUGGGCUCCUCUGCGCCCCCCUUGGCCCCCACCGCAGCUUCCUUUGAUAGGGCGCCGUCGUUGAGCGCAGCUGAAACGACCCGGGCGGGUCUCCGCCGCGCGCUGCAUGCCGCGCAGGAGAGAAGGUGGGGGCCCUCCGCGGGGCAGCAUGGGGCCACCGGCCGCGACGACAUGUUCGCGGAGCGCGUCACGCUCCGCAGAUGCCUCCUCGCGCAGGGCGCAGGGGCGGCACUCCACAACACUCCCGGUCUCUCUGCGUCCACGCAGGAAAUAUUUUUGCUCCGGCGGCAGCGUGUCAGUUGCCGGGGGCGCGCUCCGCAGAUGCCGGGGGAGCCGCCACGGCGAACGCUGCUCAUCCCGCGCUCUCAGGGUUACUCCGCCGUGGCGUUGCGGCGCUGGUCUCGUUGCCGCCUCGGCAGUGACGAGUGCCCCGCCCUCACAUGA